AUGAACGUUCCAUUCAUCAAUAAUCUUUCGGGAUCCUCGGCUCCUGAACAUACUCAUUCACAUAACGGCGGGGCAUCUCAUACGCACGGAUCAGACGAUCAUGGACAUACUCAUGAACAUUACAACGAUGCAGGUAAAUAUGCUGAGCGCGAUAUGCCCGAUUAUUCUGGACGUGAUUUUGAAGAAAGAGGAUUCACAAUCGGAAUUGGAGGACCCGUUGGAUCAGGAAAGACUGCUUUAACGCUUGCAUUGUGUCAGAAACUUAGGAAAGAAUAUAAUAUCGCGACAGUCACGAACGACAUCUUUACCCGGGAAGAUCAAGAAUUCCUAAUCAAGAACCGGGCUCUUCCCGAAAACAGAAUCCUCGCAAUUGAAACAGGAGGAUGUCCUCAUGCUGCUAUUCGAGAAGACAUCAGCGCGAAUAUGGGCGCUCUCGAGACUCUUCAAGCAAAAUUUGAAUGUCAGUUGCUGUUAGUAGAGAGCGGAGGAGACAAUCUUGCUGCAAACUAUUCGAGGGAGUUGGCAGAUUAUAUCAUCUAUGUGAUUGAUGUUUCUGGAGGAGACAAGAUUCCAAGAAAAGGUGGACCUGGUAUUUCCCAAUCUGAUCUACUGGUCAUCAACAAGACUGAUCUUGCUCCUUACGUCGGCGCAUCCCUUGAGGUUAUGGACAGAGAUUCCAAGCUCAUGCGAGGCGAUGGUCCUACUAUUUUCACCAGUGUCAAGCAGGGCAAGGGCGUCGACGAUGUGGUGUCAUUGAUUUUGGCUGCUUGGCGUACGGCUGGCAGUCCAGGCAAGGCAAUGCCGGUAGGAGAUGAAGAGUGA